AUGGAUCUCAGGUCUGUGCAAUUGCGUCUGCCAAUCCUAAAACGCUACAUGAGUUGGAAACGUUGGUGGAUAACUUCCUCCUCCAAUACAGAAACGCAAUACAUACAACGACCAAGGAGAGCCCGGCAAUGCUUUUUAAAUCCAGACGCUUGUGAUCCUCCCUACAGUGCCUCGACUCCAGUGACGUCGUUCAUACGACAACUGGGUCAAGCCAUGGUGGAAAUUACCUACUUGAAUGAUGCUACUCUGCAUAAGCAACACGUGGACGAAAUCCAUUUCAAACCAUCCACGGACCAGCGGCAUCAAGAGACAAGCGAGGGAGGCAAUCAGUUGCAAACCUCGUCAGAACACCCGACGGAGCCGCAUCAGUCAAAAGCGCAGACACAACCAAUCGAGACGCAAGGACACCGCCAUGAACAGGUGGAACCAACGAUUACAAUCCGCAGGUCUAGCCGUCAGGCGAGCCAGAUUGACGAGGCACUCUUGAGGGAAGAGAGUUGUGGUAAUCCAGACUUCCGUGACCGCAAUCCAGGCACGACCAAGUGCAGUUUCAUGUUAUCUAAUCACCGUUUAGGAAGCUCGACCAAUGGUACACCGGGUGAACAUGACAUCCGAGUUAGUACGUAUGAUGCGUCAGCGCAAACGGUCACGUGA